AUGUUCACUGCCAUGGUGACGCCAAGCGAGCUGUAUGGAGACACCGCCGCUGUGCUGGCGGCUGCGUUGAUGGUAUGUGCAGCCCGGUUCUUGUGCAAUGCUGCUCUUCUCCAACUGGACGGGCAGGAGAUGAAGCUCUCCAGGAGCUUCAAAAAAAGCCUUCAACGGAGACGGACUCCUUUCAAAGCUUGCCGACCUCGAACUUGUGAAGGCUCUGACAUGGACGAGGUAGCUUGGGAGGCGGCGAUGCACGUUGCCGACCUUUGUGCACGCAAUGCUGCCGCAGCUCGAGAAAAGGCUCUCCGCGAAGCGGAGAAUCCACACUUUGGACGUGCUUCCUUCGCGGGCCGACCGUUGCCCCAGGAGGAUUCUUCCCAGAUCAGGCAUUGCUCUCCGUUCCGCAGCCAGGUGUCCAACGCUGAUGUCUUGGCGUAUGCGGAAGGCUUGGGCUUGGGCUAA